CGAGAAUUGAUACCGAGGAAUGCGAAGUGGGCCGACUUCUUGCUUGAGUCUUACCAUUGAUUUCACUUAUACUGUUUUCAUCGUCAUUUGUUACUUCACUUACUUGUCUCUGGAGGUCGAGAUCGAAGUCCAAGUGUCCGAAGAGGCGAGGCCCAAAGCAAGAUCGAAGUCGAAAGUGUUUGAAGAGCCGAGUCCUUUGCGCCACCAUGAAUAGUUUGCUGCUGCUCAUCCAAGAGUAUAGUCUGACCUGUAGCAUCUUCUAUAUAAGAAGGAUCUGCAGUCCUUGUUCAAUCACAUCUCAUUUAACUCUCAGCAUUCUUGAGGCGCCCAAUAGUGAUUCAGGACACCCUUACAUUACCCAAAAUAUACAUUCACAUUCACAAGAGCAGUUCCAAAUUCCCAAGAUGCUUCUCAAUACACCCCACCUGUCUAUCUUUCAAGUCCCUUCACGGGAAUUACUUGAAGAUUGGAAACUAUACCCCGAAGGAGACUUAGACAUACGCAUGCUAGUCAACAGCCCAAGACAUCAUGAGCAGCUCUUUAAGAGUGACAUGGAUGAUAUUGCAUCUGCUUUCCUCCCAAAAGAGCUUAAAUAUGUCGUUGAUGAAACAAAAGGAAGAAAUAUCGCUCGCCCGAUCACGUCUAAUGAUAGAGACAUUGUAGUCUGUGUUAUUGGCGUUGGGUACGUUGGAGAGCAUCUUCUCUCGGGUUUCGGAAAAGUUUUCAACUCGAUCGGUUUCGAUAUCUCGCAAAACAGAAUCGAUCACAUCGCCCCCAGUUUCAAGAAAUAUCCCAAAGUUAGACUCACUACCGACGUGACAAAACUUGCACUGGGCACCCACUUCCUCAUCUCGGUCCCUACAACUCUACAUAAGGAUCAAUCAGUCGAUGCCACUCAUCUUGUGGCAGCAAUCUCCUCGGUGGUCAAAUAUGCCAGACCAGGUUCCGUCGUCGUUAUCGAAAGCAGUGUUUCUGUUGGUAUGACACGUGCCUUCCUCAGUCAAUACAGUGGCACGCUACACUGUGGCAUGUCUCCAGAACGAGUCGACCCCGGUCGAGUGACACCGAGUCUGCAACAAAUUCCAAAGGUUAUCUCAGGCCUUGACGCCGUCGCUAUGGAAAAGAUUCACGCAAUAUACUCGCAGGUCUUUGACAGGGUCGUACCAGUUUCACGACCAGAGGUGGCUGAGAUGACCAAACUGUACGAAAAUUGCUACCGGAUGAUCAACAUCGCCUAUGUCAACGAAAUUUCCGAUGCAUGUGUCACUCAAGGAAUUGAUCCAAACGAAGUCAUCGAUGCGGCAGCAACAAAGCCAUUUGGGUUCCAAGCCUUCCGCCCUGGCUUGGGCGUUGGUGGUCACUGCAUCCCAAUCAACCCAUAUUACCUUUUCGUCAACAACACACUUCCUGUUCUAGCACAUGCUGCAGAGCGAAUGGGAGACCGACCAGCCAAACUUGCCCGUGAGAUUUUCGCCGAACGCAGUGCCGUUACAGGCAAGGCUAGUCUACGGGUACUCAUCAUCGGUGUUGCAUUCAAACCCGGACAAAGUGUUAUUUCUUGCUCCCCAGGCCUCUCUUUCGCUAGAGAAAUGGAAAGCCUUGGAUGCGAGAGAUUAAUGUACCUCGACCCAUUGGUACCACAAUCCGACGUUCCAUGGCUACCACGCCUGUUACCUAGCAAGUUCACAUCAAAAGUCGUGGAUAGCCUCUUUGAUUUGGUUUGUGUGUGUAUGAAGCAGGAUACCGUGGAUUUUUCAGUUCUAGACAAUGUUUCCAGUCAUGUUCAUUAUUAUUGAAAAAGUACGGUGGCGGGGCAAAGACUGUACAGGAGUUUAUGGGGGGAAUUGGACAGGAAUGGUUUUGGUCAUGGCGUUACGAAUUUGCUAUCUAACUAUCCCCAUGCCUAUUGGGUUCAAAAUUAUAAAAAAGCAUACAAUAUAGAAUAGAUUUACUUAAUUACGAGACAUAGUUAACCCUCAUCGGGG